UUGUUCUUCGGAGUGAGUUCGAGUAGUGAAGGCGUCUUUCCCCGGAUUCGACUUGGCCGCUUGGUGUUGCGCGCGCGCGUCUGUGAAAGAACGAAGGCGCGGACGGCCACGUGGCAAGUUUUCCCGGGAGCGAGAGAGGGUGAGAAGACAAAAAAAGUCUCGACCCUCGUGUAAAUCUCAUCAGGAACCGAGAGAAAACGAAAAACCUCUGCAGCUCGACCCUUUGCUGCUCGACCCUUUUGCAGCAACACCACCAUCACCAUGUCGGACUCGUCGCCCAAGCUUGCGCCCUCGCAGGGCAACGCACUCGUCUACUCGACGCUCGUCGCCUUUGCUGCGGUAGGCUUCUACGCCGGAUACCGCGUCAAGACCAAGGUCGACUUUCUCAGCGGCAUCAAGACGCAGAGCGCAUUCCCCCUGGCGCUCAACUGGAUUGCAUCAAACAUGUCGUCGUCGCUCCUGUUUGCCUACCCGCAGAUGGGCGUCAUUCCCGACGCGGGCCUCCUGGGCCUGUUUGCCUAUGCCUUUGCCACGACGGCGCCCAUCUUUUGCUUUGCCUUUCUGGGCGUCUACAUCCGUCGCACCUGCCCCGACGGCUUCACCAUGGCCGAGUACGUCCGUCGUCGCUUUGGCUGGCCCGUCGGCGUGCUGCUCGCUGUCAUUUUCGUCGCAUUCAUGCUCUGCUUCAUGAUCACCGAGCUCAACACCUAUGGCUCCGUCGUGAACACGCUGGGCGGCGUCAACCCCACCGUGGCCGCCGUCGUGAUUGCCGUCAUCACGUUCCUCUACACGGCCUACGGCGGCUUCCGCGCCUCGCUCUACACCGACAAUGUCAACGCCAUCGUCAUCGUCAUCUUUGUCAUCAUCGCCGGCGUCGCCGUUGGCACGCAGAUCGACAUCACCCAGGCCCGCAUCGACGAGUCGGGCAUCCUCGUCCCGCACGCCCUCGGCGGCCAGCUCUGGUACAUCCUCACCGUCGCCAUUGUCUUUUCCCAGAUGUUCAACCAGGGCUUCUGGCAGCGCGCCUUUGCGUCCAAGAACGACCGCACGCUCUACACCUCGGUGCUCCUCGCCGCAGUGCCCCUCUUUGCCAUUGUCUUUCUCGUCGGCAUGACGGGGCCCCUCGCACAGUGGGCCGGCCUCUUUGACGGCGUCACGUCCGAAGACGACGGCAGCCUCACCUUCUUCUACAUCAUCGCCACCCUUCCCGCCUGGGUCUCGGGCAUCGUCAUUGUACUCGCUGGCCUGCUCAGCAGCUCGGCCUACGACACGCUGCAGAGCGCCCAGAUCUCGACGAUUUACAACGACGUCUUCCUGGGCCGCGUCAACGUCUGGUUCUGCCGCGUCGCCCUUUUUGCCAUCAACGUCCCCGCAGUCGUCCUCGCCGUGCGCAACAUCGACAUUCUCCAGGUCUUUCUCGUCGCCGACCUGGGCGCCGCUGCCGUGCUACCCGCGCCCCUCCUCGGUCUGAUCCCCGCCCUGCACUUUCUCAACGGCGCCGACGCCUUUGUCGGCGCCUGCGGUGGCUACCUCACCACGUUCCUCUUUGGCCUUGCCUACUACCACGGCGACGUACACGCCGCCGGCAACCUCCUCGGCCUCUCCCAGGGCCUGUACAUUGGCGGCGACGACUACUCUGUCCUGGGCGCCUUCUUUGCCGCGCCCCUCGGCUCCAUUGGCUGGACGCUGGCCUCGGCGGGUGUGCGCAUCGGCAGCCAGUGGCUCCUCUGCAAGGCCCGCGGCGAGUCGUUUGAGCUGACGAGGCGCAGCUGGGACACGCGCGAGUACGCGCUGCCCGAGGACCGUCCUGCGGCCUUUGCUGGCCUGCACGGCUCGGGCAACCCCGAGGACGGCCACAGGGAGGAGCACAAGGACGACUCCGUCGAAGACGACACCAGCAAGUAGUCGUAAAAAAUAGUCUUUGGUCUAGAAUUUGUUUGAAUUAUGCAUGAUCAGCAAGCAAUGAGAAGAGGCAGUACGAG